CGCAUAAUCAGUUUGACUUUGUUGGAGUGCAGUUUCUUUGUUACAUACUCAGAGUACUUUUAACGAGUGUGAACAAUAGAUUUGUUUAAAAAUGGCUUUCAAAUUGAAUAUUGUGGUUUUUGUCCUAUUUGUGUGGCACGUUUGCUUAUCAGCUCGAAUUCCUCGUCAAAGAGAUGUCAACGACGAUGCUAAUUCUCUGGUGACAAAUAAAAAUGAAAAAUCGAAUGACGUGAAUGAAAUUUCACUACAAUUAGAUUUCGAAAAAAUCCAAAACGAGUUGGAAAAAGCAUUGAGCGACAAUGAAAAAAAUGAACUUGGCGCCAUCAUAAGUGAUAUGAAUGAAGCAAAAACAGUCGAAGAUGGCCUCAAUGGAGCGAUGAAAUUGAUCGAGUUCGGUGUGAAGAUGGCUAUGAACCACACCAAUAUAUUUGAGCCAUCAAUAAACUCAACUUCGCCUGGUUUGAAUGCACUUCAAGUUGUUCCAUGAGAAUUUGUAUGUAAAAUUGAUCAAAAUAAAUAUUGCUUUCAAUGGUUUUUUAUAUUAUGAAAGGUGGUCCAAUUGUU